UUGGCAUCGCGACAGCUCUGUUCCUCCGACAGACGUUCAACGCUGUCACUGGUAUUUCUACUUAUUGCAACUGCUGAGCUGUGCUAGCAGAAUGAGUGCUAUUUUCUUUGAAGCCACGAGACUCCGUUAAUUCACGUACCACUACGGUCUGUCCUUGAAUUCCCAUCGGCCAUAACCAUCUCCGUUCUUUACACCCCGAAUCCCCUUCCCAAAUACAACAAACGAGAAACGAACACACGAAAAGAAAACAAAAUGUCCGUCUGGAACCCCGACAACAUCCGCGACGUGGCCGAAUCCGUCGGCAUCGUCAACCUGCACAACGAAGUCACCGAGAACCUCGCCCGCGACGUCGAAUACCGCAUCGCGCAAGUCCUCGAAGAAGCGUUCAAAUUCAUGCGCCACAGCAAGCGCACGACCAUGACAACACACGACGUUGCACAUGCGCUACGGGUGCUGGACGUGGAGCCGUUGUAUGGGUAUGAGUCGACGAGGCCGUUGCGGUUUGGGGAGGCGUCGUUGGGGCCUGGGCAGCCGUUGUUUUAUGUCGAGGAUGAGGAGGUAGAUUUUGAGAAGUUGAUUAAUGCGCCGUUGCCCAAGGUGCCGAGGGAGGUUUCUUUUACUGCACACUGGCUUGCCGUCGAAGGCGUCCAACCAUCCAUCCCCCAGAACCCUACGGCCGCAGACUCACGAAACCUCGAACUCCUCUCCAAGGGCCCGAAUGCCAACUCGACGCUGGCCGCCAUGAGCGGCACCAACGUCGCCGUCAAACCCCUGGUCAAGCACGUGCUGUCCAAGGAGCUACAGUUGUACUUUGAGAAGGUGUGCAGUGCGUUUCUGGACUCGAGCGAGGAGUACCGGACUAGUGGGUAUGCGAGUCUACGGGAGGAUCCUGGGCUACAUCAGCUGGUGCCGUAUUUUGUGCAGUUUAUCGCCGAGAAGGUUACGCAUAGCUUGAAGGAUAUUUUUGCGUUGACGCAGGUUAUGCAUAUGACCGAGGCGUUGGUGCAGAAUAAGUCGCUUUAUGUUGAUCCAUACGUUGCAUCCCUGGUCCCCCCCAUCCUAACCUGCCUUAUCGGCCGCCAUCUAGGCGGCAACGCAGACUUAACAGAACAAUUCGCCCUGCGUGACCUCGCCGCCUCGCUCCUCGGCCUGAUUGGCAAGAAAUACUCGCACUCGUCGCACGCGCUCAAACCCCGUCUCGCCCGCUCAUGCCUCAAGACCUUCCUCGACCCCGCCAAGCCCUUUGGCGCCCACUACGGCGCCGUCAUUGGCCUACACUCCGUAGGCGGUCCCGAAGCUGUCCGCGUCUUGAUCCUCCCGAACCUAGCGACAUACUCGAACAACCUCCUCCGCGACGGCCUGGCCGAUGAUAACCCACGCCGACCGGAAGCUGAACGCGUUCUGGGGGCACUACUAGCCGUGCUCGGGACUUUGAGGGAGGGCCGUCUUCCGCAGGUGAAUGGCCAUGUGCCACAGGUUACGGAGGAUGUCCGGGAGCGGCUUACUGGUAGAGUUGGGGAGAUAAUUGCGGCAAGAAUUGCGGAGGGGAGUGAGGUUCAACUGGCGCAGGCUUUGCUUGAAGCUUAGCUGGCCCCUUUAUGAUAUCGUUUUUAUUACAUUAGGGGUAAGGGUAUUGGGCGUUGGGCAUUGGUGUUUUAUCUGUUUUUACAAAAUCGCGCAGUUAAUGGAGCGUUAUGUAAGCCUUGCGACGUCAUUUUGCCGGGUAGUACCGCCUGGUCGCGCGACCAUUCCCUUGAUACAGAUACUUGGAUGUACUCCGGAGUAGUUAUAGGGAGUAUCGAGAGAAGACGGUGUAUUAUUAU